GCAUGGUACUUUCUCUUUUACACCAAACGCGAAAGCAGCUCUAAUAAAAUUUGGAUGACAAAGCUGUAAUAUGCAAGAUUUGUUUGGCUUGUCUUUGUUGUCCAACGAUUGAAGGUUUGGUGUUCCUUUACGCUGCCUGACAUUUUUCCACAUACCAGUUGUUUUCAUGCGAACUGCCAAAAUGCGUGACCCGUGGCCGGCACUGUGCGCAACUGCAGUCUUAUGUUUUUCAUAUUUUAUUUUUCCAUCGACAGCUACAGACUGUACGCGGGAGCAGGCCAAGUGUAACCCGGCGUGUGUGGCGGUGGAACGGGUAUUUCACCGCCAUGGCACCAGCGCUUCAUCCUCCGCACUAAUGGCUCUACCACAGUUGACGAACAACUAUGUACUGUGCUACUCCAAGCCGGUAUCAACCAAACGGAAAAGCCAGAUUCUGUGCGUGAACGGAGCCAUGGACGAUCUACAAAACGCUCAGCCACAGUUCGUUAUCCUUGCGGAUGGUGUUGUGACCAAUUUUGAGGCUUUCGCUGUGGGCACGAAGCAGUACGUGGUGAUCUUCGCCAUGAACCGCAGCCCCAUUUUAUACGAAGUGUCCGUCAAAGACCACACCCUGGUCAACUUCCACGCCCUGCGCGUAAUCGGCGCUGCCGGCGCACUGGAUAUGGCCGUCGCGCAAUACGCCCACACGACCGUUUUAGUGACCAGCAGUGGGCGUCAGUGCCGGGAAGGUGACCGCCAGUGCGGUUAUCCCAGUGUGUCCAUCAUCGACCAGAAAGCCAACACCAUCACCCAGUGCACCACGGCCAAUUCCGGCCCGGCGGAGUAUGUGGCUGCCUGGACGGCCAACGGAGCGCACUAUGUGGUGUUGGCGUCCUUGAUACCGGAAAACGCGUUCGCUUAUCGGAUUGCGCUACAUCAGAUUGUCCAGGGCGGCAGCGGCGAGUGCGCAUUAGUGCCGGUGGAGGAAAUUUCUUUUGGCCGUGCAGCACUGUGUGGCGUUCAGUCGCUGGAAGUCAUUACAAAUGCUGGUGCGGAUAAUCUGAUCGCAUUGAUGGUAUCCAAUCACCAUUGUCCAGAAGUUGUAAAUGGGAUACUCAAGGCGAACUCCGAGAAAGCCAACACAUUGUACCUGCUCUGGGAUGCCAAUACGCAGAAAUUCGUCAGAGUAGCCGACGAACUGCCGGCAACGAGUGGGGUAUCCAAAAUUUCACGAAUCUCCGAACAAUUCUUCCUUUGUCAAAAGACGUCCGAGCCGUCGACCGUUCAUAUCUCCGAUGUCCUGGCUGAAACUCUCCCCAACAGCCUCGUCGGAACGGUCCGUGUUAACAACCAAGCCUCAAUCAGCGCCGUCCAAUCGGCCAACCGCGACGCUUACAUUACCCACGUAACCUCGUCAGGAUCAGUGGUCAUUGACUGGAUAUCAUGUGCGAAAAAUCAGCUGAUAAAGGCAUCGAACUAUACGUUCAGUCAAUACACUGGCAAUGUCUAUCUGACCGGCUCCAACAACCUGACCGAACCGGCCGAUGAAGUAGUCGAUAAUUCCAACCAUCUCCAUCCCAAUCGCCGGUUCAAUCUCCGACGACCUGAUCGUGAUUCUCCUCGGGCAAUGCCCCAUAUGGAGGAUCUUCCAGCAGCGUUUCUGCACAGUGACCUCGUCAAUACCACGUCCAAUGCUACUGACAGUUCAUUGCUGAUUGCCCCCCAAAUCCGCUACGAAGAUGUUUUGAUCGAUCGCCACGUGGAAGAGCCGCAGCUGCUGCAUCCCAGUUUCCCCAACGAUGGACAUGGACAAGGGUCCGGCAUGCCGCGGCCUGGUCCCGAGCUGUCGGCGCCGCAGCCCGUUUUCGGACAGGCACCGGUACCGGAAGGACUCAGCCAGCCUAAUAUGAACAACUGGAUGCAAGGCAUGGGAUACCAGAUGAUGGGAUCUGGACAGCCAAUGACGGUUUUUAUGGGUCCUAAUGGACCGCUGUACCCUGGUGGCUUCGGAGGGCCUGGACCGCAGCAAGUUCCUCCAGGAAGCGCUUUCGCUGGAUACAUCACGUUUCCGCCGGUAGCAGUAUUUUCGCCGGUACCUACAGUGUAUCCAAUGCCUCCGAAUGCGAACAUUCCUAACGCACCCCAAAAUACUGAACAGCCUCCAUCUGGAGCGGUGCCACCCCAGUUCCAUAUGCCAUCACCCGCGAUGCCCCCAUCACCAUGGUGGAACCCUGACCCCAGAUUCCAAGCACCGCCACCGAUGCAGCACGCCCAACACGUACAACCUGUAGCCAGACCCUGGGAGCAGCCACAACGCGGGUUACCAAAUGCUAUACCCCCUCCUAAUAUGAUCCACCACGGACCACACAGAAUGGUACAACAACCCAAUUACACCAGCGUCCAACAGCCGCCAUGGAUAAUCGAAGUUAACAUCACUGUCACCACUCCUCCACCUGAAACCAAUGCCACGACUAUCCUGUGGACAAUGCCAUCCGAAUCGUCACUACCCAGCGACACAACCUCUGUGAUCAGCAUCGAAUCGGCAACUGACGCAACGGACGCUAUUCCAGUUACAACGUCAACGCUGACCACCGACCAUACCAGCGCACCCGAUACCACCAUGGACAGCACGGUGCCACCGUCCGUAAGCGAUGUCACAGCGUCGACGGAUCUAAUAUCAACUACACCCGUGAUUAUUGAUUCCUCGACAUAAGCAGUUAACUCUCACUGUUGCGGAGCUGUGACUCAGAAAUCAACCGAUGUGCACCGAAUGUAGAAUGUAUAUCACGUUUUGCGAAUACGCACAGCCGAAAAAAUGGCUGUUAUUGUGGUGUUAUUAUAGAAUAUGCCUGUUACUUUUUAGCGAUCUUGUUGGAUACUUCCGGUAUACAUCUGCUGUCAUGUGUUAUGUAACGGUAGAAAAUAUUUAUUGAACUACAGUACUUGUUUGUUACCUUAUUUCUUGUUUAA